AUUCCGGUUCAACAGAGACAUUCUGACAGAAGAAAAAAUCCAACAGCCACUGCAUGACUGCGACGUAUAAUAAUAUACUUAGCGCAAUCGUCGAUGCGCAAAUAUGUUUAUGCUGGCAAAAUCGCGGUUUCUUGGCAUCGGUUACAAGAAGCGCGUCUGUAUGGUCGUUUUCCUGGCUCUGAUUUGCUUGAUCGUAAUCGCAAAGCAAUAUUUUUGUGUAAAAUUCUCAGACAUACGCUCCAUCCAUAAAGCGUUCACGGGCAAAAGCGCUCGCUCCAAUUUCGACUGGGAUGGAUGGGUGAAGAAGAAUAAUUAUUUGUCAAUUGGGGACGUCUACGAUAUGUGUGAUUCAAAGAAUGAAAAUCGUAUAAAAGUUGGUAAAGCUAUACUGAGUUACGAUUCGUCAAACGGCAGAAUAUAUGCGACCCUCGUAGCGAAUAUUACAUUAGGUGAAGAUCUCGUACGUGGGAAAGCUAACAUUUACUUAUCAUAUGGUGGUCGAGUUUUGUUCAACGAAACGUUUGAUGUUUGCCGUGAUAUCCAUGUCAAGGGCGUGAAAUGUCCCAUGCGAAAAGGUUAUAAAAUUUCUGUCAAUGAAAGAAAGAAAUUCCCAUCUCAUAUGCCAAAGGGCUACUUUCUCGCUGCUGGUCAUGUGCGCAACCAAGACAAUAGAUGCUUAGGGAUUGUUGAAGCUGAAUUCAAAAUUUGAAGUGAUUUGUAGAUACGCAUGUUUACGCAUGUUAGUAGUUUUCGAUGAAUAUUUUAAGCUAUUUAAUUCUUCAAGUAUUCGUCCGUUUCACGCGUCCGCGCCAGGGCCGUAGCUAGAAGCUUAAUUUGUGUGUGGGGGGGGGGGGGGUUGUAUAUU